AGAACCAGAGCGAGGAGGGGUUCCCGGUGGAGAUCUCGUUCCCCCCCGGGACCCUGAACACGACCCUGGCCCGGCUGGAGCCGCGCGGGCGGUACCGGCUGGAGCUCCGUGCGCGCACCCGGCACGGCCCCGGCGCGCCCCUGGUGCGCCUCGGCAGCCUCGCCCCCGAGCCCGCUGAGGAGCCCUGGCGCUCCUCGGGCCGGGCCAACUCCUCGCUGGGCCGGUACCGGCUCGGGGACCUCCGGCCCGGGACCUCGUACCGGGUGCAGUUCGUGGGGCGGAACCACUCCGGGGAGCGCGUGGCGUUCUGGGAGAGCGAGGUGCACACCAACGGCACCAUGCUGCCGCGCCCCGCGGGCGGCUUCGCCACCGAGGGUUGGUUCAUCGGCUUCGUGAGCGCCGCGGUGCUGCUGCUCCUCCUCCUCCUCAUCCUCUGCUUCAUCAAACGCAGCAAGGGGGGCAAGUAUUCGG